AUGCCCAAAAAGAAGGAGAAGCUGAAGGCAUUCCAAGUAGCCAAUGCAGCCCAAGAAACCAAUGCAGUCAAAGGAACCAAGGCAGCCGAAAUUCCAGAUGCUACCGAUAUUGGCAAACUCGCACCCCCAAACAGCCUGGCAAAGCCUGAUACGCAUCAGGCCAUGCUGGAUGGGAGCAGGAGCAUACUCGGUCCUACCAAGGUGCAGCAGAAGAGGAUAAAAAUGGUGACCAAGGCGCAAGUGGCUUGG